AUGUCCGCUGCAGGAAGAGAGGCCGUGUUCCCUACCCGGCAAUCGCUGGGCUUAAUGAAGGGCAAACUGAAGGGCGCCCAAACCGGCCACGACUUGCUCAAGCGUAAGAGUGAGGCUCUGACCAAACGUUUCCGAGAAAUCACCCGCCGCAUCGACGAUGCAAAGCGCAAGAUGGGCAGAGUCAUGCAGAUUGCUGCCUUUUCCCUAGCCGAAGUCAGCUAUGCCAUUGGAGGCGCUGGAAUCGGUUACCAAAUCCAAGAGUCGGUUCGCUCUGCAAAGUUCCGUGUCCGCACCCGCCAGGAGAACGUCAGUGGUGUCUUUCUACCUCAGUUCGAGAGUUUCCAGACUGAGGGCAACAACGACUUUGGCCUGACUGGACUGGGCAAGGGAGGUCAGCAAGUCCAGAGGUGUCGAGAGACAUAUGUCAGAGCUGUAGAGACGCUUGUCGAGCUUGCUAGUCUGCAGACUGCCUUUGUCAUUCUCGACGAUGUCAUCAAGGUUGUCAACCGCAGAGUAAACGCCAUUGAGCAUGUAAUCAUCCCCCGCACAGAAAACACCAUCAAGUACAUCAAUUCCGAGCUAGACGAGUUGGACAGAGAGGAGUUCUUCAGACUGAAGAAGGUGUCAGGCAAGAAGGAACGUGAUGCUCAGGCAGAGGAAGCUGAACGUCAAAAGGCUAAGAAGGCCGCUGAAGAGAAGGGAGCCGAUUCACAAGCCGACGAUGGUCCUCAAGACAUUUUGGGAGGAGGAGAGGAUGACGAGGAUGUCAUCUUCUGA